AUGGUUCGAGAAAAAAUAAUUGUUGAAUUAAAAAGUAGUGGUGCUUUUGCUGUAAUUAUAGACACCACAACAGACUUGUCCAAGUUAGAGCAGUUGGCCUUUGUAGUGAGAUUUGUAACUAAUGAUGGUAAAAUUCAAGAACGUUUACUUGCACUACAAGUGGCUAGUGAUGCUAGUGGAAAAGGUUUGAUCAAUACUUUUAAUAAUAUUUGUGAAAAGUAUAAAUUAAAUUGGAAAGAAGAACUUAUUGCGCAAGCGUAUGAUGGUGCAAGUUCAAUGCAAGGCGAGUAUCAGGGAUUAAGAACAUAUGUACAAUCCCAGAAUCCAAGAGCUGUCUACAUUUGGUGUUUCGCACAUGUGUUGAAUCUUGUAGUUGUAGAUGUUUGCGAGUCAAGUAUUGAAAUUAAAACAUUUAUUUCUAACAUCCAAUCCCUGACUACAUUUAUGUCUGCUAGAAAACGGACAGCAGACUUUGUUGAUUCGCAAAUUGUAUUGUAUCCAAAUGCACGGGUAUUUAGAAUGAAAAAUCUAUCAACCACCCGCUGGACCUCACACGACCGCGCAAUUAAUGUAGUUUUUACAAAGUACUUGGCUGUUGUGAAGUCUUUAGAACACCUCACAAAAUCAUCUGACACCAGCACAUCAUCUCAAGCAAAAAGUAUUUACCAAAAUAUUACUUCAUUUAAAUUUAUAUUGACUAUGCUGUUAAUGAAAAAGAUAUUUAAUGUAACAUCACCUCUCUCGAGCUAUUUACAAUCAUCUACUUUAGAUUUUAUUCAAGCAUUAAUUUUGGUUGACAGUGCCAAAAAGCAAUUGAUUAAAUUAAGAACCGAAGAGUCGUUUAAAAUCUUAAUGAAUGAAGCAAAAGACUUUGCUAUACUACAUGAACUAGAAGAAACAAAUUUAAAAAAAUAA